AUGACAAGCGCAGCACCUCUGGCGCCGGGCAAGGGGCUGACUGUUGUCGCUGCCGCCUACGUUCGCGACACGCACCACGCCAACCCUGAUGACAAGCGGGAUGGCACGAUCUAUAGCAGGGCCAACGGUCAUGCCUCGCCUGACGACAAGCGAGACGGCACUCUUUAUGGCAGGGCCAACGGCCAUGCCUCUCCCGAUAGCAAGCGGGAUGGUACGAUCUAUAGCAGGGCCAACGGUCACGCCUCGCCUGACGACAAGCGAGACGGCACUCUUUAUGGCAGGGCCAACGGCCAUGCCUCUCCCGAUAACAAGCGGGAUGGCACGAUCUAUAGCAGGGCCAACGGUCACGCCUCUCCCGAUAACAAGCGGGAUGGCACGAUCUAUAGCAGGGCCAACGGUCACGCCUCUCCCGAUAGCAAGCGGGAUGGCACGAUCUAUAGCAGGGCCAACGGUCACGCCUCGCCUGACGACAAGCGAGACGGCACUCUCUAUGGCAGGUCCAAUGGCCAUGCCUCUCCCGACGACAAGCGAGACGGUACUUCUUACGGCAAGCACUGA